AGCGAGGCUGGAACUGACCCUCCACAGAGUGGAAUAUUUAGCAUAUUUCUCUUCUGUUCAGGAUGUUUAGGUUUAAUAACAAUGACGAUUCGCUUUGUACUGGUAACCAAGCUAAACAAAAACCAUCUUAGGAAAAUUCAAGUGGCCAAUUGUACGUCACUCUUCUGUGGGAUUGUUGCCAUUGGAGGAAUGAUUGUGGUUGCAGUUUAUCCAAUGUCAUCAUUGCAGCUUGCUCAUGACAUCGGAGCGUACGGCUUAUUUUUUGUGGGGAUCAUCUACGCUUUUUUGCAGACAUUGGUCAGCUAUUUUCUUUAUCCUGAUCACAACGGACUGGCCACAUGCCGGCUUAGGUUGACCUUUGUAACACUGUGUUUCGUAUCGCUCAUCAUUAUGAUGAUUUUCUAUCCAAUAGGUAGUGCAGAAUUCGAUUCGGGAAACUACAGUCAUACGAAACGACUGAAGCAUCCGGGUGAAAAGGGGUUCGUUGAACUGGUUGUUAGUUCUGUGGCAGAGUGGACAUUAGCUCUCUUCUUCAUCUUCUAUUUCUUCUCAUACAUCCGGGAAUUUCAGAAAAUAACGCUACAUUACAGGAUUGAUUUGUUGGAUCAUCAUUUUGAUGAAUCGUCAACCAAACAGUCAGACGAACGCCAUCCUUUGCUUUUUGAACAGAUUUAACUAUACGUUGCAUAUACUUCCGUGAUCAGUUAAAAUAAACAGUGGCAUUUUUUAUAAAUAUAUUUCCCAUUUGUAAGUUAGUAAUGAUUGAUUUUAAUUGUUGGUUGAGAUCUUCCUUCAAGCAAUAUGGAAAGCAUUUUAAUUUCGUUUAUUUUCAUAAAAACCAGAUCAUUUAGGGUCACUCUGGUUUCAUGAAAACUUGACUGAUAUAAAUUAAGAAGAAACUCCUAUAAUUUUAAACAUAAAUCAUGUCAUAUAAAAUUAUUUCUUGAAUAGUUCGUCUCAUAUAAAUUUUAUUCCGUUAUUAAAGUUCCAAGGACUAAGUCUUAUGAACAUCGUUCACAAAUGCAAUUUAACUGGUUUUCAUCUAUGUACGACUAUUGUAUAGCCAGCCGUCCUUCAACAAUAUUAUAUGCGACUAUUGUAUAGCCGUUCUUCAACAAUAUUAUAUGCGACUAUCGUAUAGCCGUCCUUCAACAAUAUUAUAUGCGACUAUCGUAUAGCCGUCCUUCAACAAUAUUAUAUGCGACUAUUGUAUAGCCGUUCUUCAACAAUAUUAUAUGUGACUAUCGUAUAGCCGUCCUUCAACAAUAUUAUAUGCGACUAUCGCAUAGCCGUCCUUCAACAAUAUUAUAUGCGACUAUCAUAUAGCCGUCCUUCAACAAUAUUAUAUGCUACCAUCGCAUAGCCGUCCUUCAACAAUAUUAUAUGCGACUAUCGCAUAGCCGUCCUUCAACAAUAUUAUAUGCGACUAUCAUAUAGCCGUCCUUCAACAAUAUUAUAUGCUACCAUCGCAUAGCCGUCCUUCAACAAUAGUGAAUAUUGUCUUCUUUUUUUGUCGUAAUAAAUAUUUAUUUAUCUAUUUCUUUUCCAGAGAAAAUUUAUUUAUUUCGCCUUUUCAACUCAAUAAUGUCCUAUUUUCAACUUAUGUUUUGACGAAUUACGAAUAAGUUGAAAUUGUCCACUGAGAAGCAGCGAUGAAUGAAAAAACAAC